UUGAAACCUUGGAACUCUUCUUCUUCACUACUCUCCUCUCAGAAAAUAGAAGAGUCGGCGGAAUGGUUUUCCAAAAAGAGUACCUUGAUUUGUUGUUGGUCCCAAGUGGGCUGUGCAUCAUGUUCAUUUACCAUCUCUACUUGCUCUAUAGAUACCUCAACAUUCCUCAUACCACAAUCAUGGGUUUUGAAAACAAUGACAAGAGAGCUUGGAUUGAAAGGAUUAUGCAGGCUGGAGAUAGCAACACUAUAAAUACAGCUCUAAAUGUUAUAGGAUCCAAUAACAAUGGAGCAACAUUCUUGGCAUCAGUUUCAUUAACUUUGGCCUCUCUUAUUGGUGCCUGGAUGGCUAAUAAUAGUGUUUUCAGCAGUGAAUUAAUAUAUGGUGACACAAGGCCAGAAACUAUGUGCAUUAAAUUCAUAAGUCUAUUAAUCUUCUUUUUAGUUGCUUUUGCAUGUUUUGUGCAAUCAUCCAGAUGCUUCAUUCAUGCAAAUUACUUAAUUACUACACCAGAAACUGAUAUACCAAUUAGUUAUGUUGAAUUGGCAGUGAUAAGAGGAGGUGAGUUUUGGUCACUUGGGCUUAGAGCACUUUAUUUUGCAACCACUUUGCUACUAUGGUUUUUUGGUCCAAUUCCCAUGUUUACAACUUCAGUUGGUAUGGUUUUCCUCCUCCAUUCCCUUGACAAAAACACAAAGCAAUUGCACAAUCAUCGAUCUUAUGCAAAAGGAAAAGGUACUAGCAUUGCAACUCGUGACAUCGACCAUCUUUUUUAGGCCAAAUUUCACCCUGGCUAGUACAAGAUCUUGCUGAGGGAGUACAAUGAGUUAUAUUCAAUGGUCUAUUAAUGUAAUAUAAAUUAUUAUUGUAAGUGAACUUUGGAACAAAAGGAAUUGUACAAAAAUGUAAAAUGGUAAAAGCUAAUUUUGGCAUUUCCUUGUAAUUGUAAAUAAGUUUAUUAC